ACCAAGUCCUCCAGGAAUGGAGUCCCUGGUCCUGCUUUUCCUGCUGUCAGUGGGCGCAGCCAGCACCGCUGUCUCACCCCGCGCCGUGUGGGAGUUUCGCUCCAUGAUCAAAUGCACCGUACCAGACAGUUAUCCACUCCUGGAAUUCGGUGACUACGGCUGCUACUGCGGCUUGGGAGGCAGUGGGACGCCCGUGGAUGAACUCGACAGGUGCUGUCAAACACACGAUCAGUGCUACGGGCAGGCACAGAAACUAGCAGCAUGCAGAUCCCUUGUGGACAACCCCUACACGGCGUCGUACAAGUUCAGCUGCUCCCAAGGGCAGAUCACAUGUAGCAGCAGCAACGACGAGUGCGACAUGUUCAUCUGCAACUGCGACCGCACCGCGGCCAUGUGCUUCGCCCAGGCACCCUACAACCCCGCGUACAACAGGCUGGACAUCAAGAAAUACUGCAGCUAACCCCCCUCCCGCCCCGGGGGCGGGCGCCCUCUCAGCAAUAAACAUCUUUCCAAGGACCCAGCGACUCGGGCUGUGCUGAGGGAACGGGAGGCCACGCCCCCUCCGCCAACGGGCCAUUGUGGCGCGUGCGGCGUCCCCGCGCUCUGUGAUUGGCUUCCGGUAGCAGGCGCGAGCAGGUGCGGCGCGGGGCAGCCCCGCCCGCGGGGGCGGCCCCGCCUUGUCCCUCAGGGGUCGCGGGAGCUGCGGGCAGCGCCUCCCGCCCUCCCUCCUGCAUCCUCUCCUGCAUCCUCUCCUUCCCUCACUCCCAGGUCACCUCACGGCCUUUCCCUCCCUGCUGACCUCCCGGUGAGUGUCGGGGGGAGGCACCACUCCUCAGGCUGCCCGCACGCCGGCUACUGCACCACUGGCCCCCUUGUGGGUUAUAUUCCUCGGGGGGUUGCUGUGUGAGGGGCUUCAGCCAUUUGUCUGGCUGUUGGCUGCUCUGAGAGACCCGUGUGUGCUUACCCAGGAGGCCUUCUCUGGCCUAGCACUGUUCCUGGUACAGAGCUCUGGGUGGAGAGGUAACAUAGGCCUAGAAGUCAGGGGUGGGCAGGGGGCCCCUCUGAGGGACAGUGUCUGCUCGGUGUUCCUGUCCUGACCAGGCCCUGCACCAAAGCUCCCACCCAGCCUUGGUGCUGUCACACUACUGAGGCCCUUGGGAGGGUGUUGGUGAGCCCCUGUGGGAGGACCUGCUGCUGUCCCUUUGCUGACAGGCAGGAAGAAGACCCUGUUCCAUGCCCAGAAAACAGCUCUAUUGCCUCCACCAGCGGGAGGAGAGCAUACAGCCUGCCCUGUUGGCUUUGAUCAGCUACACAAUGGAGAUCUUGGACGAGUUUGACAACGAGCAUCCCCUCAGUACAUCGUUUUGCGAGCUGAUUUCCAUAGAGGACUUUGAGGAGCAGGCUUUGUCCUACACUCAGCAAUGCCUGCGUGAACUGUACUCGGCCAUGGAGCAGGACCCAAGGAUCUGCGAGAGGAUUUUGAGAAAGCAGAAACAGAAGGAAAAGGAAGAAGCUGGCUUGAUAUCUUAUUUGAAGCUGCAAAGACUGGGAAAGGGCGACAUCCAAGGCAGUCAUGGGGGAAGAAGCACACUCUGGAAUAUAAAACUAGUCAUCUUCAUGCCAGUGUUUCCGAACCUCGACAGUUCACCAUGCCCAGAGUCUUCGGUCCUGUUCCAGAAGCUGUGAAUGAGGCAGACAGAGCUAUGACUUCAAGCCCUCUUCUGAAAUACUGGUGUACUAGUCUAACAGCAGUGAGACACGUAAGGUAGGAGAGGAUUAAAUCAUGGAGAACAAAGCUGACUUAAAGCAGACAAGGUAACUAGAAAGGACCUGUGUUUCCUUCCUGGUGGUGAGGGAAGAGAAUGCUGCUCAAGGUCUGUAACAGUCUUUCUGUUUGUUUCAGCCAGUAACACAAAGAUUACUCUUUUAGGAACAAUAUUUCUCCCCUUUUAAAAAUUUUUUUCCCUUGCAAAUUCUGCAUAGGCUGAGAGAAUAAACUGAACACUAUGUCAGUUAUUUUACUGAGUUUGUUUUCCCACAGCACAGCUGAUUCGCAUCCUAUAGUGCUCAACCCUGGAGGUUUCUAUAACUCCAGGCUGGUAACUACAUCAGUAAGCUGAGCAACACAGACUUCUUGGGAUAGGUCUUUGCCAGCUUCCUUCAAUGACAGAGUUAUCUUCUGAUAGCUGUUAUCUCUCUGCAUUGCAUCUUCCCACACAAAUAGUCCCCAACGAGUGACAAGGGAAGGUGUCAAUCAGCAUUAGAGUGAUGCAGAGCUGGCUGUUCAUGUAGGAACUUUAGGCUUUCUCUGGCAUUUCUCAGUUGAGUGAACUUACUUCUCAAUGGUAUCUUGAGGAACAUGUUAAGAGGUGAAAUGCUCUGAUCCUGCUCUAAAAUGAGGCAAUUUUAGUAAAGCUGGAUCAGCUUAGCAGACAAAAAACCAAACACCCCAUCUCAGUCUUGUAUGCUUGUUGUAUAUAUGCUCAUUAAGAUAUAGCAAUAAACCAGCACAGGAAAUUUGCUGUAAAUGUUCAUUUACUGUAACUCAUUGUCCUAGGGACAUAAAAGCAGACAAAGUAAUCAGGGGAGGGUCAGGGUAACAUGAGUCAUUUAUCAGUGAUGCUGAAGAGACAUCCUGACUCCUCUCCCACAGGCUCAGCUGCCAAACUGGAGAAGAGGCAGGGGGAGAUGUGGGAGGUUUAGUUACCUGUCGCAUUGCUGAUGCCAAGUCCUCACUGGAAAUGUUUUCUUGUUUUAGGCCUCUUGGCAGUGCUCCCGCACCUUCUCAAAAUGCUGGCUCUACUGGCACUAAACCUGCAGCCUCUGUUUUUAACACACCUGUGUCACACAAGCUUCAAGGUGGUACAGAAGAUGACACGGACAGUGAGGAACCCAGCCCCAGUUCCUCUGCUGAGGAUGCAUAAAUAUCUCUUCUUGCAUGGAAAAGCUUCUGCAAAUAAAGACUGUGCAAGCUC